ACCUGCGGAAUGUUAACAAUGCAGCGAGUGUCCAACUUUGUGCUGCAUUUCUGAUCCUGCCUGGAGUAAGAGCAGAAAAUGGAGGCUCGUUUCAUCGGUUGUACUCCGCUCCUCCGCCUUCGCUGAGCUCCUCUGCUUCGUCUUCGCUCAGCAGCUCCGACACGGCCUUACAAAGUCGCCGUUUGACGGAGUUUCCUCUCCUAUGCGGAGUUUUUUUUUCUUGUUCUUGCUACUUCUUCUAUCACAUGGAGCAGAUUGGCACCACCAUGGUUCAGCUCUGCAGUACCAGCAUAAGCGGCUGUGUUUCCUGGAAUAAACUGGAACCUGAGCCUUAAAGACACACCAUGGAAUGCCUGUAGUAUCCUGAUUUGGCUCCAGCUUUCCCAACAGGAACUAAAGACACAAACAACCGAGGAACACAGGAGGUCUCCUAAAUCAGUGUGCCUGAUCUGUGUGCCUCUAUCUGUUCAGGUCAGCUGGUUUGAGACGUUUUUUUUCAGGGACUAUAGCUGAUCGAGCGCCAAUUCUCCCUGUUAGAGGAGGUGUCCUUUCCGGCCACUCUGGCCAUGAGACCCAAGACUUUCCCAGCUGCCCCGUACGUGGGCAACACGCGGCAGCGGCUUCAGGAGAUUAAGGAGGGUCUGAAGCAGCCGGCCAAGCUGAUGAGCCAGGCCCUGCACGGAGGCAGCUCCCGGACAGAGGGCAGCAGGGGGGCCGACUCCAAGAGCGGGAAGGACACGGCCAGCCGCCAGCAGCAGCUCCGACCGCCGCAGAAGUUCAACAACUACCAGAACGCACUGCGAGAGAUCCAAAGGUCCCUGAUGCCCUACAAAAAUCCCUCUGACAAACAGUCAGGGGAGGCUGGAGAGGUGAACCGGCAGAUGCUGCAGGAGCUCGUCAACGCGGGCUGUGACCAGGAAAUGGCUGUGCGGGCCCUGAAGCAGACGGGCAGCAGGAAUAUCGAAGCAGCCUUGGAAUACAUCAGUAAAAUGGGUUACCUUGACCCUCACAAUGAGCUCAUUGUUCGUGUCAUCAAACAAACUUCACCAGGAAAAGCUGGUAUGCCAAACACAAUGGACCACCGGUCUACGUUGGAGGCCUCUGGUGAGGCAGGGGCCAUGCCUCCGUAUCAUCAGAUGACAGCUCCUUUGUAUGACGGGGCGGCAGUUUAUGGCCCAGAGGGUGACAUGACCAGACCCUACAUGGGUGCUCCCCCUGUUAUCAACUACAUGAUCCCUUCUGGUGCAGCUCAGGGGUCUGCGAUGGGGAAUCCAAUGGGUCGACCUCCCAGUGUGGGUAGCUAUCCACAGGUGAUGCCCACCCAGAGCAACCCAGGCAGCACCAUGUACCCCCCUGUAGCACAGCAGAAGGGCUACCCUGGCAGCAUGGAGCAGCAUGGGCCCAUGAUGAGUUACAACAUCCCAGGCCAGCCUCUGCAGCUCCCGCCACAGCCACCAGCGGGCCCCGUCCCAGCUCCACACUAUGACUACGGCCAUUCAAGGCACAACAUGAUGGAGCCUUCAGUUUAUGGAGUCAAGAGGACCCCUUCUUUUCAAAGCAAAAUGCAACCGCCACCCCCAAUGGCUCCUCCAGACAACUACGUCAGCAUGCAGGGGAAAGGGGGAAUGGGUCAGAAUGGGCCAGGAGGAGGAUACCCUCCUAACCUUUACCUUCCUUCUCACUCCCACCCUCGACAGGCCAGCCCCACCUCCCAYCAGGUCCACAUGAUCUCCCGCUCCCCUGCUGGGGUGGCAGCCAUGGGCCCUGACUUUUCAGAUCUGCCUCAGGGGUUGAUGACACCCUCCAGGGCCAGCCUCAACCUGGACCUGUAUGACCACCACUGGGCAAGCCCUCCCGGUCCCGAAGGCGCCCCUCCAGCAAGGCAACCCCAGCCCCAGGGUCCGUUCAGAGGCGAGGUGCGUGUACCUAGCAGAACAAACUCCUUUAACAGUCGUUCUGCAGGUCCAAAUGGUGUCCGACCCACGAUGGCUGCACCCCCUACAGCCGGGAAACAGGAGUCCUCUCUGGGCCCACCAAACACCAUCACAGCUGUAACCUCCCCACCCAUCCAACAGCCUGUCAAGAGCAUCCGAGUGAUGAGGCCAGAGCCUAAGACUGCUGUGGGACCGUGUCACCCUGGCUGGAUGACUGCUCAGACACAGGAUGUAACAGAACCUCUGGCCUAUAUGCCAGAGGAGACUUACCCACUGGAGUCUGCACAGGAGCCACGCUGUCCUCCACCACCUUACCCCAAAAAUCUGCUCAUGCCUGGAGCAGGUGGAGAACCAGGGGUGCUGGAGGGCGCCGGAGCACUCUGUGGUGCUUCGGACCUCAGCAGCCCUGCUGCCAGAAACUCACAYGGUGGCAGCGGGGGGAGCGGAAAGGCCGAGGACAACCAGCAGGUGAAGGAGAAGACAAAGAUGGGCAAGGGAGAAAAAGUGGUGAAGGACAAGAAGCAGAUCCAGACGUCACCUGUGCCUGUGAGGAAAAAUGGGCGAGAUGAAGAAAAGAGGGAGUCCCGCAUCAAAUCCUACUCUCCUUUCGCCUUCAAAUUUUAUAUGGAGCAGCACAUAGAGAAUGUGAUGAAGACCUACCAGCAGAAACUCAACCGCAGGCUUCAGCUGGAGCAGGAGAUGUCCAAAGCUGGCCUGUCGAAAGGAGAGCAGGAACAGAUGAGGAAGAUGUUGAACCAAAAGGAGUCCAACUACAACAGGCUGCGCCGCGCCAAAAUGGACAAAUCCAUGUUUGUCAAAAUCAAGACUCUUGGCAUAGGUGCUUUUGGGGAAGUGUGCCUAACACGUAAAGUCGACACCGGAGCACUUUAUGCCAUGAAAACUCUGCGCAAGAAAGAUGUCCUCAACCGCAACCAGGUAGCACAUGUGAAAGCAGAGCGGGACAUCCUGGCUGAGGCAGACAACGAGUGGGUGGUGCGUCUCUACUAUUCUUUCCAGGACCGAGACAGCCUCUACUUUGUUAUGGACUACAUCCCUGGGGGAGACAUGAUGAGCCUGCUCAUCCGAAUGGGGGUCUUCCCCGAACCUCUGGCUCGUUUCUAYGUGGCUGAGCUGACGCUGGCCAUCGAGAGCGUCCAUAAGAUGGGCUUCAUCCACCGAGACAUCAAGCCAGACAACAUCCUCAUUGACCUGGACGGGCACAUCAAGCUGACGGACUUCGGUCUGUGUACAGGCUUCCGCUGGACUCACAACUCCAAGUACUACCAGAAAGGAAGUCAUGUUCGACAGGACAGCAUGGAGCCCAGCGACUUCUGGGAUGAUGUGUCCAACUGUCGCUGCGGCGACCGGCUGAUGACCCUGGAGCAACGCGCCCACCGCCAGCACCAGCGCUGCCUGGCCCAUUCAUUGGUGGGAACGCCUAAUUACAUCGCACCCGAGGUUCUGCUGCGCAAAGGUUAUACUCAGUUGUGUGACUGGUGGAGUGUGGGAGUGAUUCUUUUUGAGAUGCUGGUGGGACAGCCACCUUUCCUCGCUCCGACUCCUACAGAGACUCAGAUCAAGGUGAUAAACUGGGAAAGCACACUACACGUGCCACCACAGGUCAAACUGAGCCCAGAGUCUGUCGACAUCAUCGGCCGUCUCUGCUGCUCUGCAGACGACCGCCUGGGAGCCAACGGCGCGGGCGAGAUCAAGGCUCACCCCUUCUUCUCCGAGAUGGACUUCUCCAGUAACCUGCGGCAGCAGCCGGCACCCUACAGGCCCAAAAUCGCUCACCCCAUGGACACGUCCAACUUUGACCCUGUGGAGGAGGAAGGAGGCCCGGGAGCGUGGAGCGACAGCGGGGACAGCACCCGGGCCCUGGACGCUCUCUGUUCUCCUCACGGGAAACACCCGGAGCACGCCUUCUACGAGUUCACCUUCCGCAGGUUCUUUGACGACAACGGCUGCCCCUUCCGCUACCCGAAACCACUGGAGGCCGCCGAGACGUCGCCGAGCAUGAGCCCCGAGGAGGAGGAGGAGGAAGAAGAGGAGGAGGGCCAGGAAGAGGAGGAGGAGGAGGAGGAGGAGGAGGGAGAGCAGGGAGAGGGAUGUGAGCCAGUUUAUGUUUAGAGGCUUCCUGCUCAUCGUUCAGCUUCCACCUGCUGCUGCUCCUCUCAGGUGUGUGUUUGUGUGUGUGCGGACACGCUGCACACGUCUGUGUGUUUCUGCAUGUGUGUCGUUGUGAGAAGGCCGGAYGGAUGACACAUCGCCACCUUGUGGAGUUCUUUAGUGCGCACCACAACGAGAAGAAAACUCUUCUGAUCCGGGACCAAGAACCAACAUUCAGCUCGUGUGACUCAGAAAUGUUUAAACUUCACAAAGACUGGUGACAUUUCUGGGGUUUGCAGUUAUAUCUGGACCUUCCAGCAGCUUCUCGUCCCGUUUUCUCCACCCUCAGCGUUACGGAUGAAUAACACAACUCCUCAGCGACACGACAGGAGCUACUUCCUGUCCAACUGAGCUKCUUUACACUCACCUGUGGGACGGGGCAAUGUGACGAGUGGAGCUAGUUUACUUCUUGAUUGUGCCUCUUUCACAGCUUCUGCAUAAUAAGCUAAAAAGACACUAACACACACACACACGCACACACACACCUGAACAAUACAGCUCAUGCUAAAUAAACAACUUCAAACUGAUUUCUUCAUUAGCAUUGAUGUUUUGACACAGUGCUUCUCACCGACACACUGUGACCCACAGACACACAUUUAGGAGCAUCGUGUCACAAAACACAUUUCCCAGGAAACAACCCUGUUUAUAGUUUCACCUGUCUCAUUUUGUGCCAAAUAUACUUUCAAGUAAGAUUUUUUUUUCUUCAGGGGUAGCCAUUACUCUCUUAAGCUGGCUUUUUUCCCCCUUGAAAAUAUUUUAAAUGCUUAAAUGAGUAGUUUUUGGCUCCUCCGUUUAUGUAAACAUGAUCCAAGACUGAACCCCCCUGCAGAGUUAUUUUGUUGUUUUUCAAGCACAGAUUUUAUUACAGUUUGCAGCGUCACAGUUAUCCUGACACACAGCUUUUUUUUUCUAUUUUAAAAUAUAAAACAAGCAUUUAAAUUGUACUUUCUGUUAGUUCUGUCAAAUAGGAAAAACGAAAGAAUAUUUUGAGAAAGCAACCAGACUCGAGGAACUGGAGCCUGAACUGCACAGGCCUGGACCUGUUGGGGAGGAUGAGGCUUGGAUUUAGAUCCAAACACACACACAUACCAACAAACACUCACCCACAUGCAUAAUUGUAYAGUAAUUUUUGCAAGGAUUAGCCCUGAAAACAAAACGUGUCCUUCCAAUAACCAAACAUGUGACAGAAUGACUAUGUGCAAUACAAAAACUACAUUAUAUGUAUAUAGUUUUCUAAACGCAUAAUGUUCUGAAAUGUACAAAUAUAUUGGUUUAUAUAUGUAAUUUUUCCUUUUGUACAACAUGCUGCUUAUUGUGGUUAAUAUUAUUUGCAUUAUGUUUGUUACUAGCUGCCUUGGUUUGUUGCGUUCUGAUGGAAAUGUUGCCUUCUGUGUGUUUGUGUUUGAAAAGUAACCAGCUGUGUGCCUUUCUGACUGAACGUUGUGAGUGUUGUUGCACUCAGUCAUGACUGAUGAUGAUGAUGAUGAUGAUGAUGAUGAUGUGGAGUGUUUGCAGAACGUUUGUGUUGGGCUCCUCUCUCCUGCAGCUGGGCUGGCCCUGACUACAGGAGGCAGGAGUGGGAUUGUUUCUGGUUCAGAUGGAGUUCAGAGUUCAGAGUCAGGCAGGUUGGCUUUAAGAAAUGAGAUUUAAAUAAAGAAAUAAAUAAA